ACAAGAAGAAGAAGAAGAAGAGCUGUGCGCGGGAAGCUUCCGGAAGUAGCGGAUUCCUCGGCUGGAUCUGCGCCUCAGACCCAGACAGCAGCAGGUCCAGGAUGAAGAUCUAUUUCUGCGGCAGCAUCCGCGGCGGCAGGUCGGACCAGCAGCUCUACCAAAGAAUCGUGCAGGAGCUGCAGAAAUACGGGAGCGUGCUUACCGAGCACGUGUCGAGCCCCGAGCUCAGCGACGAAGGAGAGUUGGCGACCACAGGGGACGACAGAGACAUCCAUGACCGAGACGUGGACUGGCUGAAGCAGUCUGACGUGGUGGUUGCCGAGGUGACGCAGCCAUCUUUGGGUGUUGGUUAUGAGCUGGGCCGAGCUGUGGACAUGAAGAAGAAGAAGAUGCUGUGUCUGUUCCGGCCGUCAUCAGGACGCACUCUGUCGGCCAUGAUCCGAGGAGCGGAGGACGGGAAGCGGUUCCUGGUCCGGGAUUACAGCGAGGAGGAACUGGAAACCAUACUGAGAGAGUUCUUCAGCAGCUUGGAGGCAGUCUAAGCAACAACCAAUCAGAGAACAGCGCAGACUCACCUUGAGAAAGAGCCACUGCCACCUGGACAGGCUUUUAUUGUGAAGGCCUGUUGGAAAAAUGUGCUGAAUGUUUCAAAUAAAAUCUU